AUGCGGCUGGCGAGGAUGCCGCCGCGUGUGGCAGGGCGCUCCUUCCACGCGCAGCACCGCACGCCCAUUCUGCCGCAGCUGCCGCCGGAGGACGCGGCACCGCCGUCAACGACGCGCGUGUCAGUUGCGUACCUGCUGCACCGCCACCCGGUAGUGAAGCACACGCCGCACCCGCUCGAGACGGAGAUGGGAUACCUGCUUGACCGCGAGCACCAGCGCUACUGCCGCCACGAGGCGUCCGAGUCGGCCACGCAUUUCAUGAGCCAGCGGGGGCUCUCUGUCGACGUGCUGAACCGCACUGACGCCCGCCAGAUACAAAGCAACUUCUUCGGUCUUGAACUCUACCAGGACGCGAUGCGCGUGGUGCUGCAGCGCUACAAGCCAGAGAAGCGAGUGACGCCGCACGACUUGUGGAACCCCGCGGAUCUCGACGGCGCGGCACCACCCACGCGCCACUCGAUCCACCGCAAGCUCGACGACUACCUCUACCUCAUCGUCCAGGACGCGGCGACGGGCAGGUGGACGGUGCCGCAAACACCUCUGGGCGAGCGGGAGACACUGCGCAUGGCGGUGGACAGGGCAGUAGCGAAACACAACAGCGAGGGUUUGGACUGCUACGUGUGGUCCAACGCACCACAGGCAACGGUGCUGAAUGCUGCCGACAACAAACGUCUUUUCAUCUACGCCGCUACGUACUUGGUGGGGCGGCCAAAAUUCUCGGACUUUGAGCCGACGCCAAAAGAUCACGCGUGGGUAUCACGGCAUGAGAUGGUGCAGUACCGGCAGGAAUUCGAGACUCCCGACCUCCUCGAGGCUCUGCUCGACAUCUCCGCCGAUGGAACAUUUGAAGGUUGA